AUGUGGCCCGGAUGUCGGCCGCUGAGGCCGUACCUUGCUUCCCUGCACGCUCAAAAGUUUACUCGAUCGAGGCUCCUCGGUGCUUUUGAUCAAACUCGACCGCUCUAUCAGACACGACGGAGACCACAAAACGCUGCCGCUGCUGCUGCGGUGCAGCCACAGUCAGCACCGCAUGAGCCAAUUGCUGCCAAGGAAGCCGAGCCAGUUCAUGCCAUCCCGUACAGCGAGCUCACGAUUGGAGUGCCUCUCGAAGUACGCACUGGAGAGAAGCGCGUGGCCAUUACGCCUCAAAAUGCUGCUCUUCUCCUGAAGAAAGGCUUCAAAGCAGUGUUGGUAGAGAAUGGCGCUGGGUUCGAGGCGCAGUUUCAACCUCACGACUACGAGGCUGCAGGUGCGACCCUCGUCAAUGCCAGUCGAGUUUGGUUCGAUUCGGACAUCGUGCUCAAGSUUCGACCGCCUCGUUUGAGGAGCACGACGCUUUCGCCCAACAACUUCGUUCAGGGCUUCAAGGAAGGUGGCGUGUUGAUUAGUAUCCUCCAGCCCAAUGUUGAGCGCAACAAGAAGAUCAUCGACGUUAUGGUCGAAAAGAAGGUCACAUCGUUCGCUCUGGACAUGAUUCCCCGCAUCACAAGAGCGCAGAGCUUCGAUGUCCUUUCUUCCAUGGCCAACAUCGCAGGCUACAAGGCAGUCUUGGAGGCCAGCAAUCACUUCGGUAGGUACUUGACCGGACAAACAACCGCAGCAGGCAAAGUUCCCCCGGCCAAAGUCCUGGUCAUCGGAGCUGGUGUUGCAGGCCUCAGCGCCAUCGUGACGGCUCGGCGGAUGGGUGCUAUCGUUCGAGGUUUCGACACUCGUUCUGCAGCACGGGAGCAAGUUCAAUCGCUGGGUGCUUCCUUCAUCGAAGUCGAUAUACAAGAAGAUGGAUCUGGAGGCGGAGGAUACGCAAAGACGAUGUCCAAGGAGUACCACGAGGCUCAGUUGAAAUUGUUCUUGGAACAGGCUAAGGAGGUGGACAUCAUCAUCACUACGGCGUUGAUUCCUGGCAAACCUGCGCCUAUCCUGAUAACGGAGGAAAUGGUCGCUGCCAUGAAGCCCGGAUCGGUCAUCGUUGAUCUGGCUGCUGAGGCUGGCGGGAACUGCGAAGCCACUGUACCGAAUCAAGCAGUUCAAGUCGGUGGCGUAACAAUCAUUGGUUAUACGGAUCUGCCAUCCAGACUCGCUACGCAGAGUUCGACCCUUUUCUCCAACAACAUCACCAAGUACUUGCUAUCGAUGUCGCCCAAGGAGGGUCACUUUGGUAUUGAUCUCAAGGAUGAGGUUGUGCGGAGAUCGAUCGUAACAUACGAUGGCAAACUCAUGCCACCACUUCCACCAAUCGCAGCUCCGCCUGCGGCUGCAAAGCCUGCUGAGAUUUUCAAAGAUGCUGAGGUCGUGGCUUUGACGCCAUGGCAGAAGGCUACUAGAGAAGGUAUGGGUACUGCCCUGGCUCUGGGCAAGCUGACUGGACCACUUUUCAUGGGCAACUUGUUCACGUUUUCGCUGGCUGGUCUCAUUGGUUACCGGGUCGUCUGGGGCGUUGCGCCGGCUCUUCACAGUCCUCUAAUGUCUGUGACCAAUGCCAUCAGUGGUAUGGUCGGUAUUGGAGGUUUCUUCAUCAUGGGAGGUGGGUACCUGCCUCAAACCAUCCCACAAGCUUUGGGAGCCGCUUCAGUCCUGCUCGCUUUCGUCAACGUCUCCGGUGGUUUCGUCAUUACCAAGCGAAUGCUGGACAUGUUCCGUCGGCCAUCAGACCCGCCUGAGUAUGGUUUCUUAUAUGCUAUUCCCGGCGUCCUAUUUGGUGGUGGCUUCCUCGCCGCUAGCGCGACUGGAAUGGCGGGCCUGGUCCAAGCCGGAUAUCUUGCCAGCAGUUUGCUCUGUAUCGRCAGCCUUUCUGGCUUAGCCAGUCAAGCAACUGCUCGUACAGGAAAUAUGCUCGGAAUGCUCGGUGUUAGCACUGGCGUCCUCGYAUCGCUUGCUGCUGUCGGAUUCUCCCCAGAGACGCUUGUGCAGUGUCUCGCCGUUGCAUCAACUGGAGCAGCCAUUGGAGGUCUUCUCGGACGCAAAAUCACACCGACCGAGCUUCCACAGAUGGUUGCUGCGCUCCACUCAGUCGUCGGUCUGGCAGCGGUACUCACAAGUAUCGGCUCCGUAAUGGCAGCGCUCUCCCAUGCAGACAUGCUGCAUCUUGUUGCAGGCUACUUCGGUGUGCUAAUCGGAGGCGUCACCUUCACGGGAUCAAUCGUGGCUUUCAUGAAGCUCGCCGGAAAGAUGUCCAGUCGUCCUACUGUCWUGCCAGGAGGCUCUCCGCUGGUCAACUCAACUCUUUUGGGCGCGAACAUGGCAACCUUUGGCGCUUUCCUUGCCUUUGCUCCUGGAGCACCUGCGAUUGCAGCGACAUGUUUGGGCGUAAACACCGCCCUUGCGUUUGCAAAGGGCUACACUACGACUGCUGCGAUUGGAGGAGCCGAUAUGCCGGUCGUCAUCACCGUGUUGAACGCUUAUUCUGGCUUUGCCCUGGUAGCCGAAGGAUUUAUGCUCAAUUCCCCCAUAUUGACCACGGUAGGAUCACUGAUUGGCGUGAGUGGAAGCAUUCUGUCAUAUGUAAUGUGCAAGGCCAUGAACCGCUCUCUCGUCAACGUCCUUUUUGGCGGUAUAGCUGCCCCCGCGAAGACAGACCAGAAGAUCGAAGGAGAGAUCACCAAGACCACGAUCGAGGAGACAGUCGAAACCCUCAAAUCCGCACAGAAAGUGGUCAUCGUCGUAGGCUACGGAAUGGCUGUUGCGAAAGCGCAAUACCCCAUUGCCGAGAUCGUCAACAUGCUCAAGGGAAUGGGAUGUGAAGUCAAAUUCGCCAUCCACCCGGUAGCUGGACGUAUGCCAGGUCAAUGCAAUGUCCUCCUCGCGGAGGCUUCUGUGGACUACGACAUUGUGCUUGAGAUGGACGAGAUCAACGAAGAGGGCUUCGAUGAUGUGGACCUCACUCUUGUGAUUGGCGCCAACGAUACGGUCAACCCGAUUGCCCUGCAGCCGGAUAGCCCAAUCGCUGGUAUGCCAAUCAUUGACGCAUACAAGAGCAAGCAGGUCAUCGUCAUGAAGCGUGGUAUGGGGAGUGGGUAUGCUGAUCUGCCGAACCCCAUGUUCUUCGCCGAGAAUACCAAGAUGCUGUUUGGUGACGCAAAGACAAGCUGCGAUGCGAUCAAGGCUGCUUUGGACGCAAGCAAAUAG